GAACAAAUCGUCAACUCAUCGCUUGUCGAUGAGCGCCGCUGAUCCGAGCAGCAUCAACCCUUCGAAAGGAAAGGGAAAGAUACAGGCCAGAGGCGGCGCUACCUCGAAUGCAAAGAGUGGGGACAACUUGUAUGCGUGGAAUGAAGAUCGUGUGAAUGAAAUCCGCACGAACAAGCAGUGGAGCCAAGACCCAAAGUACUUUCGACGGGUGCAGGUAUCCCCAUCUGCAACGAUGAAGAUGCUGUCACACGCCCAGUCGGGUGUGGAAAAAGGCAUGAGCUCGCCAGGAGGCAAGCCCGUAGAAGUGAUGGGUUUGCUUUUGGGACGCCCGUCCACAGACCCCGCGAAUCUCAACACUCUCAUCGUCACGGAUGCAUUCCCGUUGCCGAUCGAAGGUGCUGAAACCAAAGUGUUGGCCGACGACCAAGAAGUAAUGAACUACAUGAUUACACUGGGGGAAGCGAUCGAAACGACGCGCAAGGAGAAGUUCAUGGGGUGGUAUCACAGCCACCCCUUCGACGUCGAAGUUACGUCCCAUUGCUUCCUCAGCAGCACCGACUUGAGCACCCAGCUUCAGUGGCAGCGGUCGGAAGACCCCCACGGGAACCCGUGGCUCGCCAUCGUCAUAGACCCUCUCCGAUCUCUCGCGAAGAAACGACCGGAAAUGGGCGCUUUCCGUGCAUAUCCACCAGAGUUUGCCGCGCCAGUCAACGAAACCCCCGACGGACAGAUCGUGACGGACGACACAGCUCGCGUUGAGCGGUGGGGCAGCUGCUGGAAUCGGUACUAUGCGCUCGAGAUCGAGUACUUUAUGAGCACGUUGGGCGCGAAUGUCCUCGGUGUUCUCAGCGAAAAAUUUCUGUGGAUGCGAACUUUGAGCUCGACGCCGACGUUGGAACGAGAAAACCGCGAACGAUUCUCGGAACGCAUCGUCGGGUUGGCCACCAAGUUGGACGGGUGCGACGCCUCCGUGAGCCACACCAAGAGCUACCCGUCUCGAAUGAACCUUGGGUAUUACGUCCCGGAUGCGAUCAAGCCGUCGGCGGCGGCCAACGAAGAGUCGGCGCUCGACAAGUGCACCCAAGCUGCCAACGAUUUGUCCAUCGAGCAACUGCAUGGGCAAUCUUUGCAAGUCGCCAAGCAGUUUUUAUUCAACUAAAGGGCAAACAUAUCUUGUGCGUUCGUUGCUGCAAAUUCGUCUCGGCAUGGCUCAGCAACGGGCGACCGCAUCUCGAGGUUGUGUUGUCUUUUGUGGGCGACACUCUCUCGCCUACCGUCGACUCCGGGAUCCUGUUUUGUUGGUUCCAGGCAUGUUGGACGUAAAAAGAGCUUCCGCCAGGCGCU